GUAUCGCCCGGUUGGAGCUUCCCUCUCUGCUUACGGGCUAGACGGAAAACCUGCAAUAAGUACUGAUACCUGAUGGGAGGUCGACGUUGAAUGUCCGAGUUUGGACAUUAACGAUUUGAUGACAUUCACUUCGCGUUGGGAACUAUGUGAAAACAGGAGGAGUCGUCCAGUCAUGACUGUUUAGAAAUCAAUGGCAAGCAACUUUAAACUGGUCUUAUAAAGCGUACUAUGGCUGCUCGACCAAGCUUGCACAAUGAAGAAAGAAAUCUGCAGCGGAUCAGAGAGCGAGAGCGCAGGAAUCUGGAGGUGCAGCCAGAGAAGGAGCCUUACCUGGAGAACACACCUCUCUUUGGGGAGCCAUACAAGACCAACAAAGGAGAUGAGCUGUCCAGCCGCAUUCAGAGGAUGCUUGGUAAUUAUGAAGACGUGAGGGAACUUGUGGGGAGCGACUCUCAACUGAAUGUAUUCAAUCCAUCAAAAGGCCUUCAGACCCCAGCUUUGUGCAACCCUUCCAGCAACAUGGGCAAAACACAACCUCCCCCAAACCCUCAGUGUAGGGUCUCCCAAGCUGAGACACCAAGCAGAAGUACUUCCAAGCCUCAUAAGACACUUUCCGCCCUAGAGUACAGCCAUCUUACUUCCAGCUGCAGUUCAUUGUCCCAGGUUCCUAGGCAAAGCAGCCCUGACCCCCUUUUCAGUGGGGGGUGGUCGGGGCUCCAAGAAUAUGCCAGCCUCCCAGCUGCGCUGCCUGUCCUGUCCCCUCCAGCAGAACCCUUGUCUCCAUUGCAUUCCAGUGGUACAAGUGAUUCUGAGUCACAGGAUACCGAUGGAAAGAACUCGCCGCCUGCCAACCUAGUGACUGUGAGACAGUGCAGGUAUCCCAGCUGUAAGGAAGAGUCCAACCUGGAGACACAAAAGGACAUUCCUUCUCAGCUCAAUGAGGCAGCAUUACUUCCAACCCAAACCUUCCCUCCACCCUUACCCUCCAAGCCCAAUCUUGUCAUGCCUCAGAAGCCGACGGCCUACGUCAGACCCAUGGAUGGACAGGAUCAAGUGCCCUUUGAGUCUCCAAAUCUCAAGCCUUCUCCAGAGGGCUUUCACAGACAGUCUUAUGACAACUUGCCCGACUUAAAGACCAACACAAAAGCUGGCUUCCCAAAGCUGAAAAUCUCUCCACAUUCAGAAGAGACCUCAAAUGAUGUACACUGUGUUGAAGAUAUCCUUAGGGAAAUGACCCACACGUGGCCUCCACCACUUACUGCUAUUCAUACGCCUAGCAUGCCCGAACCUCCCAAAUUCCCUCUGGCCAAGGGGUACGGCUCAAAACAAGAAAGGAUUCUUAAAGAAUCACAAAAUGUCAACUGCGGGAUUUCAGGACAAAAAGAUCAAUAUGAAUCUGCAAAAGCACUCUGUCAUCAGGGAUCUUUGGUCACCAAGGGCAGUGUGGUGUUGACACAUUCCAGUGGUGGUGAAUCCUCCAUAUCCACUGAUUCUGAAAGCUCUUCAGGGUCUGAGUCAGACAGUGACAGUAGCGAGAGCGACAAGGAGGAAGUCCCCCACCUGAAGCGCAACACCCCAUCUGUAUCCAAGGAUGAUUCAUCUGUUGCAAAUAAAUGGCAGCUGGACAACUGGUUGGUCAAAGUCAAUCAGCAAAAUUCAGCUGCAGAGAGCCUGGCUGGUCAAUCGCAGAGCUUCAGCCCGGUGAUCAGUAAGCAGCAAGAGGAAGAUAAUUACCAGAAUGACUGCAUUUCCCAGACUACUACUGUGCAUUCUGAGUACAUCAAAAACGAUGGCAAAGUGGUUCAGGAGACCUUGGCCUGUCAGCCUAGUCCCCAAAAAUCCCCUGUACAAGCUGAAAAUCAGCGAAAGACUGUGGGGAUUAAGCACCCAUCAAAGGCAAACAAGGCCCCGUCUCCUGAGGUCGUCCAUGCACAGCCAAGGGUAGAAGUACCUCGGCGUGACAAGAGUGAGGCUCACACAGAUAGACGAAAGGUCAAAAAGAAGAGCAUACCCGAGAAGUCCCAACCUACAACAGAUGGCAAGAAGGCCGAUAAACACAGCUCGAAAAAAAAGGUGAAACAGUCCAUUCCAAAGGCAAUUUUAAAACCGGAAGGAAAGAUGGAGGUGAACACAGGCAGACCGCCAAGCCUAGAGCAAACUCUUCCAGUGCGUUCAAACGGUCCCAGCUUGGGGAAAGUUCAGAAGGAGCGAAAGAAAUCCGAGAGCCGUCACCCUCCAGGAGAGGGCGAGCAGGCGCUCCUGCGAAGGGACUCCCAGGGUUCCCUUUGUUCUUUGAUAGUGAAGAUUGAGCUCAGUCGGCUCUUUAGGGUCCCCCAACCAGGGGCCUUUCCGGUCCCUAAUUCCCCCAGUGAGCCAGCCAAAAAAGUGCCAAAAAAGAAAAAGCAGAAGACAAAGAAGAGAGAAGCUGAUGGGAUUCCUUGCAAAGAAUCCAAAAAGAGACCAGCAGAAAAGCAUGAAGAAAUUCUACCAAGAAAAAAACAUAAACUUGAUGAAGUCAAGCCGCUUUCAUCAGGUCAUAUCGCAAAUUCAGCCAAAGUGCCCAAGAGUGUGGAGCAGGAGAAGAAGAAGAAGAAGAAAGUGAAAAAAGGGAAGCCGUCCCUCAUAGAAGCUGCUCCUCAAGACCUCAAAGAAAAGCCAAAGGGCAAGCGGGGAAGUGGUGGCCAGGGCGGAGGAGGUGUGCCCCAGGGCGGAGGAGGUGUGCCCCAGGGCGGAGGAGGUGUGCCCCAGGGCGGAGGAGGUGUGCCCCAGGACGGAGGAGGUGUGCCCCAGGACAGCAGCCAGCCUCCAGCCAAGCACAAGAAGAAGAAGGAGAAGAAUGUAGAUGCAGAGCAGAACAAGCACAGCAAGAAAAUCACAGAGAACAGCUUGAAUUGUCCAGUGACAGCCCAGCCAGCAAGAACGCCUCUCCCACGUCGGCCCUUACUGAAGUUUCACGACAGGCAGUACCCUGUCGAGUAUCACAUGAAGGAAGCUAAGAAGCUAAAGCACAAAGCGGACGCUACGAUGGACAAGGUUGGAAAAGCUUUCAACUAUUUGGAUGCGGCCAUGUCCUUUGUUGAAAGUGGAAUUGCCAUGGAAACGGAUCCUCAGACCCCAAAGUCUGCAUAUACCAUGUUCUCAGAGACUGUGGACUUGAUCAGAUUUAUACUGAAGCUGAGGAACUGUCUAGAUCCAGCUGGCCCUGCCUCAGAAAGAGACUUUACAAUUUUAUGUUUGCGAUGUCAGUCCCUCCUGCAGAUGGCAAUGUUUCGACACAAGCGGGACACGGCACUCAAAUACUCAAGAACUCUUACAGAACAUUUUAAGAGUUCUUCAAAAUUUGCAAAAGCCCCCUCACCCUAUGUCUCUAAAAGUAUGGGCACACCUUCAAUGUCACCAACCCCAUCUCCAGGCAGUUCAGGGAACUUCAGUUCUCCUGGCACUAUUGCCAUUCCCCAGGUUGUCCAGCAGGUGGCAGCAUCCUAUGUUAACAUCACAGCCCACUUCCUCAAUGCCCAUGACACCUGGGAGCAGGCUGAGUCCCUGGCAAAGACAGGCAGUGGCUUGCUGGAGGACCUGGAUGCUGCCCUGGGCCCGCUGACCCUGACCUCCAGCAUGAGCCUGCUGGUGCGUCACACCCGGCAGGGUCUGCACUGGCUCAGGCUCAACACCAGCUAGUACAUCAGCCCCUCUCACCACCCCCAGCUGACCACUUACCACUUAAAGUAGUGAGUUCCAUCUUGACCACUUCAGGAACACAGUCAUUCUGAUACAUGUGUUCCCCCCCCCCCAGCAUUUUUUCACUAUAAUCUCCCUGCACGAUGAAUGUUGUGUUGGGACGCUCUCUGUAACUACCAAAGAGCCUAAUUUUGAAGUCUUAAGCAAAUCUCUGCUCUUGAAAUCACACCUGUUACGGCAAAACAACCACUGGUGAUAAAUGUACAUGGUCUUCAGCUAAGUCCAGUUCUUUAGAUAUACUUCUGUUAUUAGAGGGUUAAAUGUAGGAGCUGGAGAUUCUUGGAUAUUGC